AUGACGUUCCCUGAGAUCCGACGCCCAGAAAGUUGGCAAUGGCGUGAUCAAGGAACGUCGCGGCGGGAGCCCAAGGUGAAGGGCGGAGUCUGCGAGUACGAGUGCUACGUCUUGGGCCCGCUGCGGGACUUCGUCGCCGCUGGAGGCGGGAAUAGGAGGGGGCAACCCUUCGCUCGCCGCCGCGCCCAGGACGGCGAGGACGUAAAGGACGAGCUGGACGUGAUGACGUCCGUGUCGCAGCCCGCGCGCUGCGUCCUCACGGGCGAGCCUCUGAUGGAGGUGGUCGUCGUCGAGGGCGACGGCGGCAAGACGGGCGUCGUGCCGCUGGCAGUGGACGGCGUCGACGUCACCGCGCGGCUCGGCAGCAAGCUGGAGAGCACCAGUGGGCAGCAGGACGUCGACCGCAGUGGGCCCCUGCGUGGCGAGGGGGUAGGCCACUGCGACGGUGAGAGCAAGCUGGAGGGUUUCGACGUGAAGAAGGACUUCGGCUACCGCCGACCCCUGCGUGACGAGGGGGUAGGCCCCGGCGAGGACGAGAGCGAGCUGGUCCAGGCUGCGCCCCGAUCCAGGACGUCGACCACGGCGAACCCUUGCGUGGCGAGGGGGGUAGGCCACUGCGAGUUCGAUGGCAAGCUGGAGGGCAUCGACGCGUUACACGACGUCGAUCACGGUAGACUCCUGCGUAGCGACGGGGUAGACCACUCUGAGUGCGAGGGCAAGCUGGGGGGCAUCGACAUGCUGAAGGACGUCGACCACGGCAAGCUGGAUGGCAGCGACGUGCUGAAGGACGUCGGCUACGUCGGACCCCUGCGUGGCGAGGGGGUAGGCCACGGCGAGUGCGAGGUCAAGCAGGAGGGCAUCGACGUUAUGCAGGACGUCGACCACGGACCCCUGCGCGGCGAGGGUGUAGGCCACGGGGAGUGCGAGGUCAAGCUAGGUGGCCCCGGCGUAACGAAGUGCAAGCUGGUGGGCAUCGGCAAGCAGGGCAGGCCGAGGAAGAAGGGCAAGGCCGCGCAGGCGACGGAAAGCGCCGCAGGCCUACGCGCCGCGGGCGACGCCGUCGAGCGGGCCAGGCAGGAGCUCAGCCUGGCCUCCGCCGAGUGCCGCGAGCCGGAAGCCCAGCUCGCAGCCGCCCGCGCCGACCUCGCCAUCGAGGAGAUCGAGGUGCGCGCGGUGGCGGUGGAGCUGGCGGCGCUGGGCGGGGCUUGGGACGAGCUCUUCACUUGUUUUCGACUUCCUGGUGCGCAGUCGCAGCCCUUUCGGCCUCGGGCCUCCCCCGACCGUGGCGACCUCCGCGCGGCCGCGCUGCGCGGCUGGCUGGACUGCACGUCGCCGGGCUUCGACCCGAUCUGGGGCGUGUUCCACGAGGCAGUCACCGACGUCGUGGCUGGGUUCAGGCUGGGCCAAACGUGGAGUGCCGCGGCCGUCGACUUCAUGUCAGGCCUGCUCAGUCAGUUGCCUGGGUACCUCGAGCUUCGCAGAGGUCUUGACCAGACCCUGGGCGCGGCGCACUUCGAGUUCCACCAGCAGUUCGAGGCGAGCCUGAGCGCCGACAGCGAGGAGCGCGUCUGCUUCGGUGGCCUCCUCACCGCCGUGCUGUUCUCGGGGGAGCUGGACGGGAGCAUCAAGCGCUGCAUCAGUGGUCCCGAUGACUGGGGGCGGCCGAGCUGUCCAGGCGGCCUGUAUCACGCCUUCGACCACGUCAUCAUGCUCGUCGCCUUUCGCAAGAAGCUCGACGUCUUCUCGUGCUUCUCGCGCUGGAAGUGGGUUUCAGCGAUGAGCAUCGAAUAUUUCCAGCAAAGUGGGCUCGAAUUUGGUUUGCGAGAUAUCCUCACGAAGGACGCGCUCAAGCUACAAGACACGCAGCGCGAAGUUCUGGACGAGUCCAGGCAGUUCAAUUUCUGUUACAUAUCUGAGCACAGUGGGUGCAUGCUGAAUGACUACACUUUGGUGAAGGAUGUUUCCCCGCCGGGCACUCGUCACCGCCUUCUCUUGCUGCCUUCUGAUCGAGAGGAAAAUAAUGCCAACGUAAUGGGCUCUGGCAAUCUCGCGCUCAGCAUCAGCGAAAUGCUGGCUCGCGGCGAGGGCAAGUUCUGCCAGCUGCUCGGGUGCAGCGAGAUUCCAGUGUCAGCAGCGUGGAUGGAGAUCCACAGAGCUUUGGAGAGACGCUGGGCAGCACACGAGGCGCCGCUCCUCACGGCCGAGCUCUGGGAGCUCGCCGUGGCCGGCCGCGCCGACCUCUCGCCGUGCGACCUGGUGGCGUCCGCGAACAUGUACGGGCCCGAGCUGCCCCUGCUGGCUCACGCGUACCCGGAAGCCUCGAUGCUGCAUUUCGCGUCGCGCAUCCCCGGUUUAUCACGCUGCACAAGGCGGGCGAGCCAGAGAUGUCGUACUUGCAGCAGCUCCUCACCGAGCUGUUUUUCCGGGGGGAGCGUAGCAGGGGAGUUAUGUUCGCCACAAACGAGAAGCUCCAGCUGCAGACGUACUAUCAGAUAG